AUGAGCUCCAUUGAGCCUAUCCACCUUUCGUAUGGGCUUGACACUUUUGUAUUGGCUCUAUUCAGAUUAUCAUUAGGCCCAUCCCUAACAAAUCUAUUUCUUUCCGCGUCUAUAGUCUCUCCACCCCCUCGACUUUUCCACUUCAUCUUCACGACGCCACCACCGUCAUCAGACGCCAUCGAUCUAGCGCCUCUGCUUCUGAGCGGCGACGAUAACGAGGGAAGCAACAGCAACGGAGGAGGAGAACAACGGAGAUCAUCAUCCGUGAGGAGACCAUGGCUGAGGGAAGCCGCGAGGCUGCUGAGCGGAUCGAGCAGCGGCGGAGGGCGUGCGAUGCGGGAGCCUUCUAUGGUCGUGAGGGAGGCCGCGGCGGAGCAGCUCGAGGAGAGGCAGAGCAAUUGGGCCUACUCGAAGCCCAUCGUGGUGCUGGACAUCGUGUGGAACCUGGCGUUUGUCUCGGUGGCUGGGGCUAUUCUGGUGAUGGCGAGGAAUGAGCAUCCGAUCAUGCCGCUUAUGUUUGACUCUUGGGGUAUGCGUUGCAGUGUGUGUUGCAUAUGGUUUGUGUGUUGGUUGAGUAUAGGAGGAGGAAUAGGGUCAGGAAUAAUAGGACUCCGAGAUCACGUUCUUCUUCUUGGAGGAAAGUCUUCCUCGAUGCUUUGGGUUCCAGGAGGAAUUCACAUGAGGAGGUCUUGAUUGAAAUUAAUAUCUUUAAUUGUGUGAUCCAUCUCCUCUUGAUACUUCUCUUAUAUAAAGCUCUAUCUCUUAAUCUAAAUCUAUCCUAAAUCAAAAAAUCUAAUCUGCAAAAACUACACCCAUGGUUUGGUACUAACGUAAUCUCACCCAAAUCUCAUCGCUCUCCUUACUUAUUUUCUAACUUUUUAUAUUUAGCUUUCAAAACACAUGUGACUAGAAACGUAACCAUUCAGUUAACCGAGCUAACCAACGGAGGAAGACCAGAAAUGGGUCUAAGUCCAAGGAAGGAGUAGAGGGAAGAAAAAGCAAAAAGCCAAGAAAUGGUAGCAUCUCAACAGACGUAGAAGUGAAGAGAGCGAGCGAACAAGAGCCUCCCAAAGAUUACAUUCACGUUAGAGCCAGAAGAGGCCAAGCUACUGAUAGCCACAGCCUCGCUGAGAGGGUAUAUUAGUCUUUUUGGUUUUAAAUUAUAUUUAUUUCUUUAAUGUCUUUAAAUAUAAAAUUAGUUAAUUGAAAUAAGUUGGAUGAAUAUAGGCGUAAAAAAAAUUUCUUAAUAAAUAUGUUAACACAAAAAAGCGUUAAUAAACACAAUAAAAAAUUUAAAAUAUUUUCAAACAUAAUUUUUGAUUUUCAAAAAGAAAUUUUGAAAAAAAUAAAACAAAAAAUUUCGAAAAAACAAUUCAAGAAAAAGACAUUUAUAAAAAAGUUCAAAUUUGAAAAAGUAUAAUUAGAAAACAUAAUUUUUUUAUUUAUGUAAAUAAUGAUUUAUUAUAUAUAUAUAACAAGGGUAUACGAGUCUUUUACCCCUUAAUGAAAAAUGUAUUUUUAAAAAUGUCUCUUUAGUGGUGGUAAAGAUGAAAAGUGGUACCAUGAAAAUGGUAAACAUAAAAUUUCCCUUUAAUAAUUUUUUUAGCCGGAUUUGGAUUGUGCUGAAAACCGGUAAAUCCACUUAAAACUUGGUCAUACUCACUAAACCAAUGAUGCAGAUCGAUAUUAAAUUUGUUGCUUUAAAAAAAAUCAAGUUAAAAAUAACUGUACGUUUUAACAAGACUACAUUAAAAAAAAAUCUAUAUUAGCUUUUAUUAUCGGGAAUUCGGCCAAAAAAAA